CAUUCAUUUGUCAAAUAAACGGGAAAAUAACGCAUGCGUUUUUUGCGAAGACAACCGCAUCCUUUGUUUUCUAGUUUUCUGUUAUAAAACUUAAAUCGCAAAUUUUCAAGUCUUGAAGGACUUGAUUACCAAAAUAAAGCAUAAUCCAUAAUUAGUGUUAAUCAGGAGCAUAUUCCAGUGGCAUUUAUAUAUCGUAGAGUUAAAUUUUGUUGACAAAUUAGAUGAAUAAUAUAGACAUACAGUUAAGUAAAUCGUUGUCUUGGUUGUUACGACACGGAGCACUUCAAGAAGGUUUCAAGCUGAGCCCAGAAGGAUAUUUAGAAGUUAACAAAAUACUACAGCACAAGACAUUCAGAGGUAAAUUCAACACAUCUGACAUAGAGCGGGUUGUAUGCAAUAAUGAUAAGCAGCGAUUCAAACUGAGACGGAACCCUCACAACAACUGUUUGGAGAUUAAAGCUAACCAGGGACACACUAUCAGUGACGUAUCAGACGCCGACCUAACACCUAUCACAGAGUCUAAAUACAAGACAGUAAUCCAUGGCACCUAUUUAAAAUGUUGGCAAGAAAUAAAAAGUAAAGGAUUGAGCCGUAUGAAGAGAAAACAUGUGCAUUUAGCUAAGGGGUUACCAAAUGACGCUUCGGUGAUCAGUGGACUACGCAAGGACGCAGACGUCCUCAUAUACAUUGACCUACCCAGGGCAUUAGCUGAAGGUAUCAAGUUCUUUGAGUCAGAGAAUGGUGUCAUCCUAACUAGUGGCAACGAAAAAGGAUACUUGGAGCCAAAAUACUUUGCAAAAGUUAUUAAUAUUCAUACAGGCGCCCAGCUGUUCCCGUAGUCAUGGAAGGCCGCUCGGUAAGGGCGGCGUCCACGGGGGCGCCGGGUGUGGGCGCAGGCGGGCCGGGUGGCGGAGCCCCGGCGGUUGGGGGCCCGGCG